GAAACGAAUUUUUCUAUUUGAGUUUGGUGUGCUGAGAAAAGUUGAAGAAAGUUGAAGAAAAUUAACUGUACUUUGCCCGCACUACUUUUUAAAUCCCAUGAUUGCCAUCAUCUUUUGCUCUAGCAAAUUGCGCUAGUACAUUAAAGGAUGUUUGCAUCAUUUGUAGUUUUGUACUAACUACGAACGUAUAAGCAUACAAAGUUGAUUGAGUAUGACGACAAAUAAUUUUUAUCGCAGACCUUUGCCGAAGUCAUGUAUCGAUUUUGCUUGCUCGGAAGGGAAAGUUUUGUUCAAAGAAGCGUUAAGUGAAGGUUUCAUGAACUGCUAUUUCAAUUUAGCCGCUCAGUUUCGCACACAAGACGAACCUGCUUAUUGUGGCCUAUCAACAUUGGUGAUGGUUCUGAACGGCUUAUCUGUUGAUCCGGGUCGUGUAUGGAAGGGGCCAUGGCGUUGGUAUCAUGAACACAUGUUAGAUUGCUGUAUUCCACUUGACAUUGUAAAAAAAAAGGGAAUCACACUAAGUGAUUUCCAUUGUCUCGCUAAGUGCAAUGGUUUGGAUGUUGACAUAAAACGAGCAUUACCUUCUACUGAUAUUAAUGAUUUCAGAAGAGCGGUAAAAGACGUGACGCAAUCCGAAAACAAGGUUCUUGUUUGCUCUUACUCUAGAAAUAUUCUUGGUCAAACUGGAGGAGGACAUUUUUCGCCGAUAGGUGGUUAUCAUCCAACGAAAGAUUUGGUGCUUAUAUUUGAUGUGGCUCGUUUCAAAUAUCCCCCUCACUGGGUUUCAGUAGAUUUGCUUUGGAAAGCUAUGCAAAGCUUGGAUAAAGAAACUGGGCAACCUCGUGGUUAUCUGCUUUUGACUCGUUCGAUGCAUUCAGGCAACCCUACAAUUUUAUUGAAAAUUGCUGACAACUUCAACCUGAGCAACAUCUCAGCAGAUGUGAAAAAAGUGUUGCAACAUUGGCAAACGUGGUUGAUGACAGAAUGUAAGGAUAAACUGAUGGAAAAGAAGACAUUUCUAUUGGUGCUUAUUUCAAAGUUUUCAUUUCUGUUCUUAGAGUGUGUUCCAGGUAUUGAAAAGAUAUUUGCCAUUAAAAUUGAUCAUGAAUGCUGUGGAUGGCUAUCUCAAGAUCACAAAAACUGGAUCAAUGAUCUGCUUCUUUCCUUACAAAAGCUAAAUGUUUUCAAACUAAUUUAUGAAUCACUCAAGUCUUGUGAAAACAUUACACUUGAAUUGUGGGAAGGUGCAGAGAUGCUGAAGAUUGCCAACAAAUGCAUAUUACCACACGAAGAUGCAAAUAAUGUGAAAAAUCAUUCUUUAACAAUAUGCCAUAUCUCUGCCAUUGUCCUUCUUUCUUGGCCUUAUCCUCAAAAAAAGCUAAACGAAACAGAGUACAUGGGGUUUUAUAACAUUAAAAGCAACUACAUAUGUAGACUUAGUCUUAGUUCCUUAAUGUAGAAAAAAAUUCAUUUUCUUUGAUACUAACUUUUUUUCUCAAGGUUAAUCUUUUACCCCGACCUAUAGGAUGAAGAUCUUCAUGAACACACUGAGCACAGAAGGUCUUCACAAACUCACAUUCGCCGACAAUCAAAGAGUCCUGGUAGACAUGGAGAUAGAAAAAGUAUGGAUAGGAGUCCACCAAGUGGACGUAGUCCCAUAAGGAAUUUAAGUCCUGGUCCUAAAGAGAAGAUUCCAAGAAAGAAGUAUAGAAGUCCUAGAAGAGGAGAUAACAGUCCAAGAAAAAAUGACAGAAGUCCUAGGAGAGGGAACAAAAGUCCUAGAAGAGGAGACAGAAGCCCUAGGAGAAGAGACAAAAGUCCUAGA